CUAAGAUCUUAUUGUAAAAUCAUGUUUUAAUUCAAUAAACAAGAUCCUAAAAACGUAGUUAAAAUUCAAAUAAGAAUUUUAACUACAUUACUCAUUACUUUAAUAUUUUUUUUAUCACAAUUUGUGAGAAUAUUAUUUAAUCAGAGAGAACUAUUAAAAACAUGUGUUCAUUACCUCAAAACAAUUUUCUUUUUUGAAAAGUACAUCAAAUUUUUUAUUCGGAAAACAAGCCACCAUUAAAAAAUGUGAUUAGAUCCACAUCGAGGCGGAGGUUGUUGACAUAAGUGUUAGAGAAGCAAAACAGGGGAAGGGGCUAUAAAUAUUUCCAACCAGACGACGAGACUCCCAAACCAAGUGUUCGUUGGUGUUUGGUGCCGCUACCAAAUUCCCAUCUACCGCUCCACUGCGCCUGCUCUCUUUAACAACUCCCGCUGCUCAUUAUCUUUCUAUUCACCUCUUCUCUUCUUUGAUCUUUCUCCCCCGAUCCCGAUCAGGUACCAAACUCUGUUCGUUAUUCUCUUCUGGGUUCGAUUCGUUUGUUGUUGUUGCAGCUCUAAAUCCUCUGUUUGAAAUACGAUUCCAUCAGGAACAAUGGCACGGAAGAAGAUCAGAGAGUACGAUUCCAAGAGACUGCUCAAGGAGCAUUUCAAGAGGCUCUCCGGCUACGAUUUGCCCAUCAAAUCCGCCCAAGUUAAGGAAUCGACUGAUGUGAUGGCUCUAGCGGAGCAAGAGCCAUGGCUGUUGUCCGAGAAACUGGUGGUGAAACCGGACAUGCUGUUUGGGAAGCGUGGCAAGAGUGGGCUGGUGGCCCUGAAUCUGGAUCUGGCUCAAGUUGCUUCCUUUGUUAAGGAGCGGCUUGGCAAGGAAGUUGAGAUGGGGGGAUGCAAAGGGCCCAUCACCACCUUCAUUGUCGAGCCGUUCAUUCCUCACCAGCAGGAGUUCUACCUCAACAUUGUCUCCGAUAGGCUUGGAUGCAGCGUUAGCUUCUCGGAAUGUGGAGGGAUUGACAUUGAAGAGAACUGGGAUAAGGUUAAGACGAUCUUUGUCCCAACUGGGGAGGCAUUAACUUCCCAAGUCUCUGCACCACUCAUUGCAACAUUGCCUUUGGAGAUUAGAGGCGAAAUUGACAAGUUUAUUUCACUGGUCUUUGCCCUAUUUCACGAUCUGGACUUUACUUUCCUUGAGAUGAAUCCUUUCACUCUAGUUGAUGGAAAGCCUUACCCUUUGGACAUGAGGGGAGAGCUGGAUGACACUGCUGCUUUCAAGAAUUUCAAGAAGUGGGGCGACAUUGAGUUUCCAUUGCCAUUUGGGAGAGUGAUGAGUGCCACAGAGAGCUUCAUCCACACACUAGAUGAGAAGACAAGUGCAUCUUUGAAAUUCACUGUUCUGAAUCCAAAGGGCCGGAUCUGGACCAUGGUGGCUGGUGGGGGUGCCAGUGUGAUCUAUGCUGACACGGUUGGAGAUCUUGGCUAUGCUUCUGAGCUUGGAAACUAUGCGGAGUACAGCGGGGCUCCUAAUGAAGAGGAAGUGCUGCAAUAUGCCAGAGUUGUGAUUGACUGUGCAACCUCUGAUCCUGAUGGCCGGAAGAGAGCCCUUGUCGUUGGAGGAGGGAUCGCAAAUUUCACUGAUGUUGCCGCCACAUUCAAUGGCAUAAUCCGAGCUCUGAAGGAGAAGGAAUCCAAGCUUAAAGCUGCUAGGAUGCACAUAUUUGUAAGAAGAGGAGGUCCUAACUACCAGAAGGGGCUUGCCAGAAUGAGGGCUCUUGGGGAAGAAAUCGGCAUCCCCCUUGAGGUUUAUGGGCCAGAGGCAACCAUGACUGGAAUCUGCAAGCAGGCUAUUGAGUGCAUAUCUGCUGCUGCAUAAGUGGAGCUGCCAUCACUAAAGUUCUCACCCAGUUUCUGGCUGCCGUUAUUUUCCUUAUGUUUGGAACCAAGCCCCCUUUUUUCUCUGUUGUAUCUUUGAACCUCAAAGGAAAAGUUUGCAUUUCCCAUUUUCUGUUCUUUUUAGACGGAAUCUGCAGCAACAAGUGUUAUCGUUUGCGAUUGUCAUGAAUAAAAAUUAAAAAGAGUGUUGCAUUUUAGUAUGCUAGUAUUGUGAUUUGUGAGUGUCAAUAACAACAUGCAAGUAUC